CAGACAAAAUCCCACGCGCAACCAAAAUUUGGUGAAUAGCAAACAUCAAACACACCUACCUACCUACGACUUGUCGUAUUCAAUUACGGUCUCGUCCUUUUUCUUCCCCUCCCACCCCAACAACCAAGACACCAACUUCUCUACUUGCGACCUAUACAAUACCGGCAAGAUGGGCCUCAGUCCGCAAAUGUAUGUCUUAUGUCUUGCGCCCCCCGGAUCUUGCGUGGAGUGUUGGAGCUGGAGAGGAAGGGAGAAGACUAAUGUGUGUAUCGCAAUAGUACCAACUUGAUCAUCAUCCUUGGGAUGAUGCAAGUCUCGAAAAGAAUUCCGUUGGAUGAUCCAGAUACCCUCAAUAUGGUGCGAGCUGGGUACUUGCUGUCAAACGUUAUUAUCAUUUCAGUCUACCUCUACACCCACUACCUGAUCAACAAGAAGAAGGGUGUGUUAUUCCCCCUGGCCAAUAAUAGAUAUUUCUGCUGUGAGAGAAUUAUAGCUGAUCAAGCACAGACAUGACAACCCUUAAAUACGUCGAACCCCCUCAAAUGGGCUCCACCGACGAACCCAAACUCAUCACCACCACCGUCCACAAAUACGACGUUGACCAAAUGAAAGCCCUCUACAAGGCCCAAAUGAUGGGUGUAGGAAUGAUGGCCGUCAUGCACUUGUACUUCAAGUACACCAACCCACUCCUCAUCCAAUCCAUCAUCCCACUCAAGGGCGCAUUCGAGGGCAACGAGGUGGCCAUCCACUUGUUUGGUAAGCCCGCGAUUGGCGAGAUGAAGCGUCCGUUCAAGGCUGCGGCUGGAUUCAUGAGUGCGCUGCAAGGAAAUGCGGCGCCUACUCAGGACAAGAAGACGAUUGAGGCGGCGGAGAAGGCUGGAAGAGGGGGUGUCAAGGAUGAGUAG